CCGCCCCCUCGGAGAUCUCGGAGGGCCCACCGGCUCCCGGGUCCGCAGCGGAGCUACUGGACCCGCCUCGGCCGCGCCGAAGGAGGGCGGGGAGUGGACCAUGUGAAUAGGCUUCGGAGCUUGAGCGCCGCACAGUGUUUUAAAGAAGCAGGAUGCUGCUCUAGACGUGGAAAAAAAUCAGUCUUGCUGCUGUUUUAGAAGACAUGUGGUGUAUAUAAAGUUUGUGAUAGUUGGCGGAAAUUUUGGAAUUUAGAUAAUGGGCUGUGUGCAAUGUAAGGAUAAAGAAGCAACAAAACUGACAGAGGAGAGGGAUGGCAGCCUGAACCAGAGCUCCGGGUACCGCUAUGGCACAGACCCCACUCCUCAGCACUACCCCAGCUUCGGCGUGACCUCCAUCCCCAACUACAACAACUUCCACGCAGCCGGAGGCCAAGGACUCACUGUCUUUGGGGGUGUGAACUCUUCGUCUCACACUGGGACCUUGCGUACGAGAGGAGGAACAGGAGUGACACUAUUUGUGGCUCUUUAUGACUAUGAAGCACGGACAGAAGAUGACCUGAGUUUUCACAAAGGAGAAAAAUUUCAAAUAUUGAACAGCUCGGAAGGAGAUUGGUGGGAAGCCCGUUCCUUGACAACUGGAGAGACGGGGUACAUUCCCAGCAACUAUGUGGCUCCAGUUGACUCUAUCCAGGCAGAAGAGUGGUACUUUGGAAAACUUGGCCGAAAAGAUGCUGAGCGACAGCUUUUGUCCUUUGGAAACCCAAGAGGUACCUUUCUUAUCCGCGAGAGCGAAACCACCAAAGGUGCCUAUUCACUUUCUAUCCGUGAUUGGGAUGAUAUGAAAGGAGACCAUGUCAAACAUUAUAAAAUUCGCAAACUUGACAAUGGCGGGUAUUACAUCACCACCCGGGCCCAGUUUGAAACACUUCAGCAGCUUGUACAACAUUACUCAGAGAGAGCCGCAGGUCUCUGCUGCCGCCUAGUAGUUCCUUGUCACAAAGGGAUGCCAAGGCUUACUGAUCUGUCUGUCAAAACCAAAGAUGUCUGGGAAAUCCCUCGAGAAUCCCUGCAGUUGAUCAAGAGACUGGGAAAUGGGCAGUUUGGGGAAGUAUGGAUGGGUACCUGGAAUGGAAACACAAAAGUAGCCAUAAAGACUCUUAAACCAGGCACAAUGUCCCCCGAAUCAUUCCUUGAGGAAGCGCAGAUCAUGAAGAAGUUGAAGCAUGACAAGUUGGUCCAGCUGUACGCCGUGGUGUCUGAAGAACCCAUCUACAUCGUCACCGAGUAUAUGAAUAAAGGAAGUUUACUUGAUUUCUUAAAAGACGGUGAAGGAAGAGCUCUGAAAUUACCAAAUCUUGUGGACAUGGCAGCACAGGUUGCUGCAGGAAUGGCUUACAUUGAGCGCAUGAAUUAUAUCCACAGAGAUCUGCGGUCAGCAAACAUUCUAGUAGGGAAUGGACUAAUUUGCAAGAUUGCUGACUUUGGAUUGGCCCGGUUGAUUGAAGACAACGAGUACACAGCGAGACAAGGUGCAAAGUUCCCCAUUAAGUGGACAGCCCCUGAAGCAGCCUUGUACGGGAGGUUCACGAUCAAGUCUGAUGUAUGGUCUUUUGGAAUCUUACUCACAGAGCUGGUCACCAAAGGAAGAGUGCCAUACCCAGGCAUGAACAACCGGGAGGUGCUGGAGCAGGUGGAGCGCGGCUACAGGAUGCCCUGUCCGCAGGACUGCCCCAUCUCUCUGCAUGAGCUCAUGAUCCACUGCUGGAAAAAGGACCCCGAAGAACGUCCCACUUUUGAAUACUUGCAGGGCUUCCUGGAAGACUACUUUACGGCCACAGAGCCCCAGUAUCAACCUGGUGAAAACCUGUGAGAGCCGGCUCUACAGAGAGAGGCCUUGUCCCAGAGGCUUCCCCACCCCUCCCCAUUAGCUUUCAAUUCCGUAGCCAGCUGCCCAAGCAGCAAGAACCGUCCAGGAUCAGAUUGCAUGUGACUUUGAAGCUGAUGAACUUCCAUGGCCCUCAUUAAUGACACUUGUCCCCAAAUCCGAACCUCCUCUGUGAAGCAAACGAGACAGAACCUUGUUAUUUCUCAGACUUUGGAAAAUGCAUUGUAUCGAUGUUAUGUAAAAGCCCAAACCUCUGUUCAGUGUAAAUAGUUACUCCAGUGCCAACAAUCCUAGUGCUUUCCUUUUUUUAAAAUGCAAAUCCUAUGUGAUUUUAACUCUGUCUUCACCUGAUUCAACUAAAAAAAAAAAAAAAAGUAUUAUUUUCCAAAAGUGGCCUCUUUGUCUAAAACAAUAAAAUUUUUUUUCAUGUUUUAACAAAAACCAAUCAGGACAGGUGUUUGUUUUUUUUUCUUUUUUAUAAAUAUGAAUAUAUAAUAUAUGUCCCUGUACAUAUACCAUGUGGGUGCUAACGUGGAGACCGUGGCCAGCCUGGGCCACAAAGCUGUGGGACCCAGAGUGAGGAUUUUACUACAAAAUCUGCAUCAAAUCACUGGUGUUAUUCUGAAAACCAGUGGCCUCGUUUUUGGCUUUUGCAAAGCAUGAUUCUUUUUUCUUUCUUUCUUCAUUUGGAUUGCAUUUUUUUGGUUCAUGACUGUACCUGUAGAUGGUUGUUACCUUGACUCUUUUCAGGACCACCCCCCAAGCUGAGUUCAAAAGUUCUUAUUACCAGUAUUUGCUCCAACUUACAGCGAUUUGUUCUUGAAACUUUAGAAGUGAGCAUAUUUAAGCAAGCCAACAGCCAAUUCUACCAAGAGAACUGGAAGAUGGAUACCAUACAACCUUCUUGUAUAAAAAUAUGAAUGCCGAAAUGUUUCAAAUGUUUUUAAUUUAAUAAAUCUUGUAACCACAUUUAAAUGAUCUAAAACCCAUAGCAUUGUAGUCACGGCAACCUACUAAACUUUCUCAUGCAACUAAAAUUUAUGGGGAAGGUGAGGGUGGGGGGGUUGUACAUGUCCCGUUGUAAAAUAAGUGUUUUAAAUGUCCUGUACUGCUAAUGAAUGACUAUAUGUCCGAGAGUUCUCCAGUGAAAUAACUAUGCACUACUUUACAUUUCAUGGGGAUGCACAAAAAAAAAAAAAAAGAAAAAAGUAUGACAUUUUUAGUUGCUGU